GUGGGUACAAACUACAAAGCCAUAAAAUUGGCAAAGCAGGGUUGAAUCUCAAAUUGGGCUAAAGGGGGCAUACGAAUGAAACUGAUCCAUUGGGGCAUUCUGUCGAACACCUAGCAAGCACAGAAUAGUAAGACCUUAAACCCUGCUGUUAAACCUUAACUGAACCAGAAACCCCACGACCAUGGGGAAGAAAAAGAAAGCUCCGUCUAAGCUAACCAGUGAACCUCCGAAGCCUAACUCAGUUCCUCCUCAAGACCAAAAUUGCUAUGAAGGAGACAAUCUUGCUCGUUUGCUAAAACUAAUUCAAGGUGGUGUAGAGUCUGCAAAACUUAAAGAUCAGAAUGCAUUGCCUGAGAAAUUUUGGUUCAAGCAACAAUUUGCCAUCGGGGCGAAUGAGGUGACUCGAGUUCUUGAAAGAAUGAUGCCUGUUCAGAAGCUAAAUCAUCCUCACCGGCCUCCGAUUCAGCUUCAGGCGAUAUUGAUAGCUUCUGAUAGCAACCCGAAAUAUAUUAAAAAGCAUCUGCUAAGCUUGGCUUUGUCGAGAAAAGUACCUGUGAUCUUAGUCAAAGAUAGCAAACGAGGAUCCGUGAGGCUAGGUGAACUUGUUCGACUUAAAACAGCACUUGCUCUCGGAAUAAAAGCUAAAGGAAAUUCGAUAAAUCACAUUGUUGAGAAAAUUCUCAGCGGUGGUAAUGAUAUGAACAUUGAAACAGAGUGCUUUAAUACCACAAAGGAUCUUUCCACCGCACCGAGCAGGUGAGAAUAGUUAUGAGCUUUUAGGAGUCCAGGACUUCCAUUUUCAGUACGUGUAAGCAUUGCCUCUGUAAUAGUCAUCUGUUUAUAGUUAAUUCAAUACAACGGUAUUCAUUCUGAAAUUAGCCGUCUUCCACGUUCAAAACCGUAGUGUUCAAUGCGUACUAAGCAGAGAGACAUCGCAACAUGUUUCUAAUCACUUCUUAUUAUGACCGAGGGAAAAAAAUAUGAAGCCCUACGUUAAUGUUACAAUUUCUACAUCUUUUCUGAUUUCAAUGGUGUGGUUCUAUAGUACAAAUGAACAGAAUAAUGCUUUUCUCUUUACUUGGUAUUAUACAACAUGUGAUUGCUAUUCACUAAUACCAGAAAAUAAGAAGACUUUUCUGGAUUUCAACCCUUUUGAAAAAAAAUUCUAGCUCGUACUUGAAGGUGUCAAGCGCUUGCCUGAGGGCUUGCAGCCGAUGAAGAGGACUCUGCGGCACCAACAGGAUCAACAUCCUUACUGCCACCUCUACCGUUUGUGACAAGCUUGGCUGAUUUCUUUUUUUGAUUUUUUUCCUCAUCAGGCUUUACUAGCACAGGUUUGAACUGCCAAACAUAAACCAAUACAAAACUUAGACACAGUGUAAGAAACAAUAAAAGAAUGAUAUAUGUGUGAUGGCAUAAUUUUCAAAAUUUGUUAUUGUAUAAACCUGAUAAAUGGAGUAUAUAACAUUUCUUCUGAUCUGAGCCAUCAUCUCCAAGAAGAGAUUAUAGCCUUCUAGCUUAUACUCAAUAAGCGGAUCACGCUGUGCAUACCCACGCAAGCCUACGGCUUGCUGAACAAACUUGAUUGCUUGCAAAUGCUCCUUCCACAGGCGAUCAAUAUUGCUUAAGAUCAAGAA